AGGCCUUCAUUCUCGAAGCAUACGGAUGCAUUACGCUCAACAGGAUAUGCCAUUAUCCGAUCACUUGCUCAUUGAGGGGGCACCGAAAAAACAUCAAACCAUACCGAAUUGAGAUUUGACAUUCAGGUGCAGGCAUUCGAAUCCUACAGCCACCAUCUGCAAAUGGCAAUAGCCGAGAAUCAUGUCAUGCCACUUAGCAGUAGCUGAGACAUUAUAAACCCUCACUUGCGUAAUCCGUGACGAGGCUUCAGGCAUCAGUUUAAGCAUAAAUUUUAGCAGAUAUAAAGCAUCGAUAUCAGCAUUUCCUCCCUCGACAGUAUCUCACAAACAAGUCCAAUUCACCAAAGCUUAUUUUCGCAAUGCAGACCAAGGCUUUCCUCACCACUCUUCUAGCUGCUCUCCCCGCCAUCCAGGCCUUCAAAUUCACUGGCCCCGACCCCUCCGAACCCCUCGACGUCAGCAAAGAAGUCACCAUCACAUGGGAGGGCGACAUUCCCGACAACCUCUCACGCAAGUUCGACUUUACUUGGUCUUGUGAGCCUGAUGAUCUGAACAAACUCGCCUCUGAAAUCAGCCACUUUGUCGAUGACAUCUAUUUGUCCGACCACAAGUACAAGUUCCGAUUUCACAACUCCAAGUCGAUGCUUAAACCAUUUGCCGACAAGAUCGCUGCGAAGAAAGUCUUUUCUUUUCAGGCUGUUUUCACGGAUGAGAAGCAGGAGGAUCUUCAGCUUGAGUACUGGAGUCAGAAUUACACUAUCGUUGGACUGGACAAGAAGGAGGAUGAGAAUUCAGAGGCUGAUCUGUAGAGGAUUAAGGCUGCUCUGGAGACAGUGACAAAUGACCAGCAGUGUUUUUGCAUGAGAAAUUAUCCCGGGUAUAGCGACUGUCUUGAUUGUCGUAAACAGAGCAAACAGUAAAUUGGAAAUUGGCUUUCAAGUACAUGGCUGUCAUGUUAACUUGGUCCGGUAUAAUUCUUUGUGAGCGGAUUCAGAUAAAGGUUUCAGUACUUUACUGGGCUUCUGGACGCGUCGGCACGCAGAGCUUAGCAGUGGGGCAUGCUUCCUCCUUUCUCAAUCGCGUCUCCAAAAGCAGAGCUACCGAGGCCGCCGGUGAACUUAGUCUUUCUAUGUCCAUUGAAUACCUCCUCCGAG